CUCACCUUCUUCUCCUUGGAUGAAAGUCAUGAUAGAAAUUACAUUAAAAAAUGCCAACUCUCACUUUCACUAGAUUCAUUCUUUUCAUUCACACUACAGUCAAUUUAAUAUGAAUGUAUCAUCUUAUCUCUCUGUUUUACUCGGCUUGCAUUCUUUAUACAGACCCAAAGGACAGCCACUGUAUCUUCUUUGUUUCUGGUUGCUAAGGGAACACAGAAGAAACCCAAAAAACAUCCCCCUUGGGUCUGCAGAGUUUCUCUAAUGCAGUCUGCAACUCUGCAUUCAGUCUUUCUUUCGGAUUUCUGAGGCAUAGAUGUGGGAUAACUCUGGCCAUUGGGUAUUGGGUAUUGGGUAUUGGGUACUUGUGUCAUUUAUUACAGACGGCAUUGCCUGGCUUGUUCUGUGAAACCCAAUAAGCGGUUCCUCUUGUUUCGUCCUACUUCACUGAUUAAAGGAGGAAAGACAAGAUAUUGAUUUGGGGUUUUUUGCUUCUUCUCCCCAAAGGGUUUUUCUUCAAAGGUCAGAAUUUUAAGUAGCAUUUUGGUUGCUACUGGAGUUUUUGGAAGGAUUUUUGGAAUCAAUCAAAAAUCAGCUUACGGAGUAUGCUGUGCAAGUUAUUCGAGUAAGUUUAGUUUUGUUCGAAAGCUGUAACUCUGUCUUUGGCACAGAAUCAGUACCUGGCAGAACGUGAUCUUGGAUUCCUUCUGUUCGUACUUCUUGGGAGCUUAAAUUGCUUUCUGGGUUUUGCAAAUAUUUGAGAGGGAGGACUAGUUGUCCUAUCUCUUGAGUUCCUUGUGUAUUGGGAUUUGGGUUUCUGGGAUAGAAAAGUUUGGUGUGGUUUCUGACUUCUUAAAUUCCUCAGAGGUUCUGCACUGAAACUCCUUGGGUCCACUUUUUCCAAUUGUUCUGCAGCCGAAAACCAGUUUUAAUAUUGUUUUAAGGGCUUGAGUUCUGUUACCCUUCUUUGUGAGGGAAUCAUAAAGCUGCUGGCUUGCAAAGUAGGUGAUGGAGGUUUGAAGGGUCUGAGCUUAAAUCUUUGUAGUUGAAGACGGGGAGGUGGAGAUGUCUGCAAAGCUUUUACAUGCCUUGACAGAUGACAAUCCAGACCUGCAGAAGCAAAUUGGAUGCAUGACUGGAAUCUUUCAGAUCUUCGAUCGCCACCAUGUCCACACUGGCAGGCGGAUCACUAGCUCCAGUCACAAAAGGCUUCCUGCAGGUCCAAUUCUUCUAUUUCUCUACAGGUCACUUGCACCCCAAUCAUGGCAGCCAUGGAAUGGAGCCUAAUAAUAAUGAACAUAAUCUACCAUCAAUUACAGAAAGAAAUCCCAACAGGAACGUCCAUGAGAAUCGAAGAGUUUCAAUGGAGUCAUCCAGGACAUCCUUUUCAUCCUCCUCUUGCUCAUCUUCAUUCUCCUCUCUUGAUUGUAACAAGUCAUCUCAACUUGAGUUCUCUUCCGUUGACCAAACCAUUUUGACAGAAACACCUUUGAGGGACCCCCACCCGCCUAUGAACCACCCCAAUGCUUCUCCACAGAUAGGGCGACAAUCCCUUGACUUACGUGAUGUGGUUAAGGAAUCAAUCUACAGAGAAUCCCGUGGUUUAUCUGUUAAAACUACAACCAAAGAAGCAGCAAGCCGCGCUGUCAAGCACAGAGAUUCCCCAAGGCCUUUGCCACUUUCUAAAUCAGUUGAUGGAUCUUAUGGUGUCGGAAUCAAUGGGAAGCCCAGAAUGCCUGUUGAUCUCAAUGAGUCACUCAGAGUUCUUGCUAAACUUCGAGAAGCCCCUUCUUUUUUUAAUGAAGCCAGAGAAUCACCAAGGUCAUCAUACGAAGCAAAAGAUGUUUCUUUGUUUCAAGUUUCCAGGGAUGCCCCUCGGUUCUCCUACGAUGGGCGAGAGAUACCUCGUCGAUCUUUUGAGUCACGAGACACCUCCAAAUCUACCACAAAGUUGAGAGAGCUACCAAGGCUCUCCUUGGACAGCAGGGAAGGUUCAAUGAGGGGUUCUAGCAAAAAUACAAAAUCAGAUUCUUUUUUGAAGGAUCUAAAGAUGAAUAGUGGCAACUCUAAUGACAGAAUCACAAACUCACAGCAAGAACCAGGACUGUGCAAAAGGCCUCCUAGUGUUGUAGCAAAGUUGAUGGGCUUGGAAGCAUUGCCCAAUCCCAUCUCUGUCACCGACAGUCGGGCAGGGUUUGUUAAAACCUCCUCCAGUAGGCACCUUGAGCCUUUCUCAGUAUCAUCAAAAGCAGUAGAUGAAAGUACACAAAGUCGAGUAUCUGGCUCCCCCAGGAGCUCCCUCAAAGACCCCAUGUCGCCACGAUUGAGAUGUCCUGAUUCAGUCAUGAAACCCAUUACAAGUUCAAGGUGUCCAAUUGAACCAGCUCCUUGGAGACAGCAGGAUGGUGUGCGUGGUUCUCAAAAACCGGCAUUCAAGAAUUGGGACUCCCCUUCAAGGCCACUGAACUCAUCUCCAAGUGUUUAUAGUGAGAUUGAAAAAAGGCUCAAAGAUCUUGAAUUUAAACAAUCAGAUAAGGAUCUCAGAGCUCUGAAACAGAUACUGGAAGCAAUGCAGGCUAAGGGGCUUCUGGAAACCAAAAAGGUACAAGAUCAAGGUACCAACUUAAAGUCUGAAAAAGACUAUGGCCCAAUCCACACCAGUUUCAACCAGAGUCCAAGAUUCACAAACAGGAGAAAUCCACAGAAUAACCACCAGCUAUCUGACUCAGUAGAAGGAAAUAAUUCUUCACAGGCAUUUGAAUCCCCAAUUGUGAUAAUGAAACCAGCAAAAUUUAUCGAGAAAUCUGGUCUGCCUGCUUCAUCAGUUAUUCCAAUUGAUGGAUUAUCUGGUCUUCGUAAGCCCCGAAGUGGUAAUUCUGGAGAUAAUAGAAAGGCUCCGGCUAGCAGACAAGCUGCGAAGGACUUGCCUCCAAAACAAUCUCCUAGAGAGCUUGCAAAUAAAACUCUAUGUUCCUCGGAUAAGAGAAGUAAUGGGAGAACCUUGACAUCAAUGCAGGCUUUAAGCAGGCCUCAACAGUUGCACAAAGAAACUAAUGGAAGCCCUGUGAAAAGCUCAGGAUCUGUUAGCCCAAAGCUACAUCAAAGGAGGCUUGAGUUGGAGAAGCGUUCUGCUCGUCCCCCUAUCCCUUCAUCAGAUGCUAGCAAAACAAGAAGGAAAAGUCUUAGGCAGCCAACAGAUUCAGGUUCCCCAGGUGGAAAAUGUAGGCCAAAAUCACCCAACUUGCAACAAAGUGAUGACCAAUCAAGUGAACUAAGUAGUGAAACGAGAAAUUUGAGUCAUCUAGGAGAUGAUAUUUCUGUGCUAUCAGACAGCAACAUCAGCUCAGGCUCACAUAUGGAUGUGGAAGUGACAAGCGCUGACAGAUCUGCUGAGAUCAACUGCAACUUUUUCCAGCAAGGUAGCCUGAGUUCACCGAAAAUGGUAGCUAAGAAUCCAAUUUCUAGCUGCAAACAGAAGAUAUCAUCAGCCAGGUUGAGUGAAGACGGCGGUUCAAUGGCAGAACUUGCAACUGUUGCUCCUGAACAACCAAGUCCUGUUUCUGUUUUAGAUGCCUCGUUUUACAGAGAUGAUUUGCCGUCUCCUGUGAAGAAUACAUUGAUUGUCUUCAAAGAUGGUGAGACUCCAAACUCUGAUGAUAAUCCUGGUGAAGAUGGAUGGAACCCAAUGGGUCUUGACCAGUUGUCUGACAGCAAAGGAUCCAAUUUUAGCUCAGACAUCAAUCGAAAGAAGUUGGAAAACAUUGAGAACUUAGUUCAGAAACUUAGAAAACUGAACUCGAAUCACAAUGAAGCCACAACAGAUUACAUUGCAUCACUUUGUGAGAACUCAAACCCUGACCACAGAUACAUCUCUGAGAUAUUGCUAGCCUCAGGCCUGCUCCUCAGAGACCUGAGCUCUGGGUUGAUGAGCAUUCAAUUACACCCGUCAGGGCACCCAAUCAACCCUGACUUGUUCUUUGUCCUAGAGCAAACUAAGGCAAGCACUGGGAUCCUAGCAGACAAGUGCAAUAGUGAAAAGUCUAUUCGAUCAAGACCCAACCAAGAGAAGCUCCACAGGAAGCUCGUGUUUGAUGCUGUUAACGAGAUUCUUGUUCGGAAGUUGACUUCCACAGUCCCUUCACCUGAACCAUGGAUCCGUGCCAAUAAACUGGCAGGUAGGACUUUGAAUGCACAGCAACUUCUGAAGGAGUUAUGUUCUGAGUUAGAUCAGCUGCAGGCCAACAACUCAGUCUGCAGCUUCGAUGAAGAGGAUGACAGUUUGAAAAGCAUCUUAUGGGAGGAUGUGAUGCAUCAAUCAGAGAAUUGGACAGAUUUCCGCAAGGAUGUUUCAGGGGUUGUACUGGAUGUUGAGAGAUCCAUAUUCAAAAAUUUAAUUGAUGAGGUAGUGAAUGGUGAGGCUGAAGCGGCUAGUCUGCGAACCAAGCAAAGCAGGCGAUGCAGGAAACUAUUUUCCAAGUGAGCAUCAACACCAAAGAAGGAAAAAUCCUGAUCCCUAUCAUCUUGCCCAAUUGAUAUCUCAAUGUUUUUAAUUCCAUUGUGCUCCCCUCCCCUUCUCAUAAUGUUUUGGACGAUAUGUUGAAUGAAAAAGGUCAAGUUGAGGCAGCUUCUUUUAAUCCUUACUAUGAGAUAUCACCUGUGGAACCAUUAGUGAUAAUUUGUGAUGGCAGUUAUGACCACAAACUGGGGAAACUGGCUGGGCCUCAGUUUUCUUCUAGCAUGGGUUGAUUAUGGUUUUGCAAAGAGUGCUCAAGAUGAUGAAGUUAGGGAUCUGUUACAAGGACUUCAAGCAGCUCAUAAGCAGGAAAGGGGUGAAACAGAGGUCUGGAUGAAUUGUAAGUAAGUGGUGGACUAGUUAGCACAAGACGGCAAGAAAGGAUGGCCCUGGGAUAUGUCUGUCUUGCUAUCUGAUUGCACUAUAUCUUAUUUUAAGUCUGUAAAUAUGAUAAAGUGUAACAGAUCUUUAGUAGUGGUGGCAAAUGAUUUAGCUAGCAAAGCUAGGUUUUGCAA